AUGAGCAAUAAAAGAUUAAGCAAUUCUUCUCAAUAAUAAUAGCAAUAAAAAAAACCAAGUUUUAAUGAUCAACCAACUGUAAUCCCUAAUAAAGAGGAUGAUAAAAAAAGUUUAAAUGGUAGUUAGAUAAAUGAUUCACAGGAUGGAGUUUAAAAAUAAUAAUAAUAACAAUCAAAAUUUGAACUUCCUUAAAUUCCUAAAUUUUAGAGUUUACCUUUAAGAGAGUAUUUUGACAGUAAUUUAAGUGCAAUAUUAUUGGAAGGCUUGAAAGAAAUAGGAAGAUAAAGGUAUCUAUUGAAAUUAUAAAAUUAAGACCAGAAAAUCCUACUAGAUUUUUAGGAGAAUAUUUGCUUUAAUAGGAUAAAUAAAAAUGA